AUGUCCGGAGCCGCAUCGUCUCUUCUAGAAAAAGCUAGGCCUAUCCUCGCUCUGUAUAGACAAAUCUUGCGAACACACGUUGCCGCUUUACCGGAGCCGAUGAAAACGUUAGGGGAUAAGUACGUCCAAUCGGAGUUUCGUCAACACCUGAGGAGCACACAGACGACGAAGGAACACUGGAGAGAGUUUCACGUGCAGUGGACGACGUAUUUGUCCCAAAUUCGUGGUGAUGCGGGUGGAGUGAGUGGAGAAUUAGAUCCAGAGAUUUUAGCGAAUUUGCCUGAAGAUAAGAAAGAGCAGCUCAGACGUUUACAAGAAGAGACUUCGAAGCCGUUUUCGAUGGAAUCUAAUAAGGUUGAGAAGGAUUCCGCGAAGUAG